CGUCACGUGACCCGAUUCCGGAAACGAGUCAGCAGCAGACGUCCCAUAUUCAUUCUCUUGCCCCCAAACUUGAACAAUUACAGUACGAAAAGUAAACAACUCUCUUUUGUAACCCACCGGAACUCAAUAAAUAUAUACAUAUGUGUAUAUAUUUUCAAACAUAAACAUGUCAGCGAGGGAACAACAUGACAACCCAGAUGAGAGCCACCCCGCCGGCUCGGUGAGCUGCUACGGCUCCACGGACGACAGUGGGGAACACGAGCCUCCGGACAGCACCCGCUGCAACCACCACAGCAACCACCAGUUCCCCAGCGCCAUGACGGCCCAGUGGGUGAGCGCCGACCACGGCGAGGAGGCCAUUCGCAGGAAGCUGAAGUAUUUCUUCAUGAGCCCCUGCGACAAAUUCCACGCCAAAGGUCGUAAACCUUACAAGCUCAUCCUGCAACUGCUCAAGAUCAUCAUCGUCACAGCUCAGUUGGUGCUGUUUGGCCUCAGCAACCAAGUGGUGGUGACCUUCAAGGAGGAGAACACCGUGACCUUCAAGUACCUCUUCCUCAAAGACUUUGACGAGUCAUCAGACAGCUCUUUUGCCGUGUACACGCAACAGGAUGUCUACGAGCACAUUUUCUACGCUGUGGACCAGUAUCUGGCCCUGCCAGAGACCACAGUGGGUCGCUACGCGUACGUCUACGGCGUCGGCGUGAACGGCAGCGCGCUGUCCCUCUGCCAGCAGUACUACAAGAGGGGCCGCAUCGACCCGGCCAAUGACACCUUCAGCAUUGACCCGCACAUCAUCACAGACUGCGUAGGAGUGAACCCUCUGUCUGUGCCUCCCGCGCCGCUCACCAGCUCCUACAAGAACUUUACACUCAAGUUCCACAAGUUUAUAAACGUCACCAUCGAGUUUCAGCUGAAGGCCAUCAAUGUGCAGACCAUCAUCAACAACGAGAUCCCCGAUUGCUACACUUUUAACAUCAAGAUCGUGCUGGACAACAAGGCUCACAGCGGGAAAGUGAAGAUACGACUGGAGAACCAAGCUUCAAUAAAGGAGUGCAAAGACCCCAGCGUGUCUGGACAUGCUGAGAAUUACACCCGUGUGGCGUUCGAUGUCGCCGUGGCCCUUGUGUGCACGCUAUCGUUGUUACUGUGUGGGCGCUCCAUCCUACGUGGCAUCGUGCUCCAACAGGAGUUUGUGCGGUUCUUUAAGGAGAACCUGAAUCGGACAGUGUGCUGGGGCGACCGUCUGGAGUUCAUCAAUGGCUGGUACAUCCUCCUCAUUGUCAGCGACAUCCUCACCAUCACCGGAAGUGUCAUCAAGAUUGGCAUUGAAUCCAAGAAUAUGUCUUCAUAUGAUCUAUGCAGCAUCCUCUUGGGGACCUCCACCCUCCUGGUGUGGGUGGGAGUCAUCCGCUACCUCACCUUCUUUCAGAAGUACAACAUCCUGAUCGUAACUCUUCGAGCAGCCUUCCCCAACGUGAUCCGCUUCUGCUGCUGUGUGGCCGUCAUAUAUUUGGGCUACUGCUUCUGCGGCUGGAUUGUGCUGGGACCGUACCAUGUGAAGUUCCGCUCCCUAUCCAUGGUGUCGGAAUGCCUCUUCUCCCUCAUCAAUGGCGACGACAUGUUCGUGACCUUCUCAGGAAUGCAGGAGAGCAGCACACUGGUGUGGCUCUUCAGCCAAGUGUACCUGUACACGUUCAUCUCGCUCUUCAUCUACAUGGUGCUGUCGCUCUUCAUCGCGCUCAUCACCGGAGCCUACGAGGCCAUCAAGCAUCAGACCCAGGAGCCCAUUCACAUCACAGACCUGCAUGCCUUCAUAGCUGAGUGCACCGAUGCGCCAAACUCCGGCAAGUUCAGGGGCCUGGAGACGUCGCCAUGCUCCUUUUUCUGCUGCUGUGACAGGAUGACAACAUAUGAGGACGUCCUGCUGGUGAACUGAGGAAGAAUUCGGUUCAACUUACAAGAAGACCCCUCUGGAACAAGCCUUUUUUUUCUGGCACUUGACUGAAGGAGGAGGCGUCAAUCAGUUGGACCAGGAUUUCCAAUGAGGAAUGCACGUCAUGAAUUCAUCAGGAACAAGGUGCCUUGUGGAUGGUGAAAGCACACGUAUUUAUUUCAUGGGCCUAGUGUCAGGCCAGCUCAGUGUUUUUUAGAUUUUUCAUUUUUUUAAAAUUUACAUUCACAAGAAAAGAUGUUUCAACCUGCUAGUUUAUUAGCAGAUUUCAGGCCGAUCACUACGCAGGAAACUUUGAGGCAGAUCCAGUUUGACUGCGGCCUCGGAGGAAAUGGCCUCGACACGGUAUGCCCGUUAAGUGUUUUUACAUUUUGAGGAACCAGAACCAUCACUUGAGACUUUUUUUUUUUUCCCUACUUUUUGGAUUUCAAAUUUAUACUAAGGAAGAAGGAUUACCUCGCUGGACCAUAACUCGCUAUUUGAAACAUUUAAUCAUCGAAAUACUUAAAAUAGAGACAUAAACAAGAGUGCAAUGGAGAGUACAGCUUAUGAACACUGUAAAACUGUAAUGUAGUGAUGUGUUGUUGUUUUUUUAAAUAGCCUUAGAAAUCACACGUUAUUUUUUUAUUUUUUUAAAGACACCCAAUGCCAAUCCAUGUGGAAAGUGCAUUUCAGGAUGAGUCCCCCGAAACAAAAUUACACUUACAGUGUAUAAGGGUGCAUCCAAAUAAAUGAGGAUGUGAUGGAAAAUGUCAUUUAUUUCAAUGGUUCAAUUUCAAAAAUCUAAUAUGCGGUGGAUUCACUACAGAUAAAGUAGAAUUUACGAUGAUUUUUUUUUUCUAUGACUUUGAUGGUUACAGUUUAGAAAAUGACACACUCGGAAGACAUUUUAUUUUUGAUGUAAAAUGUAUUUGUUUCAUCAUCGUAUCAUUUGAGUUUUUAACUUUUUAAAUUAAACUCCCAAAAUAAAUUUGAGAUGCACCCGCAUUAUGAAAAUUUUAAAGCCCCAAAUUGGGUGUAAUAUAUAUUAUUUUUUAGUUUUUUUUUUUUCAAUAUAUUUUUUUACUUGCUUGUUGAGAAUCUCAGGUUGCACUUAGAAUAGGCUGCACUAGCAUCAUUUUUUCAUUAUGGUUGCUGUCAUAGAUUUUGCAUGAUGUACUCACAAAGUCAUGAAGCACUUGCUGUUCGAUCAUUCUUACCAAACAAAGAAACUGCUCUUUAUUUUGACAUGAGAUUUCCACAAGAAACAAUUUGGCACAUUUUGGAAGGCAAACUUGAAGCAACCAAACAGUUCAACUAAUGUAUAGCAAUUCGCUGUACACUAUGUGAUCCUCCUGUACCCCCGCCCCCCAUCUCCCACCCCUAAGUCUGCUCUUGUCCUCAUUACGACUGUUUUUCUAUUAUGUUUUGUAUUUCAUGAAACGCACAAUCGUCGAAAGAGGACUUUCGUUCGGAUGACCUUCAUUCAUUUGUAUUCAACAACAAUAACUUGCUUCAGUGAAACGUUGAGAAACGUGUGAAAUUUAGCCUUAAAUAAUAUAUGAUACAUGUGUAUAUAAUAUAUCAUACAGUACUGUAGAAGAUAUUAGGCACAUGUGCCUUUACCCACUGUGUCAUUUUUUUAAUACAGUACCCAUAUUCUACACUUGAUCACUACUUGGCAAAAUGUAAACGAGUAGAAACAUGACAUCUUGUACACAUGUUGCUGAUUAAAGUGUCCUGGAUCACCUUUGACGUUCA